CAGAACGUGUUAGCUGGAAAGGGAGUGGGGAUAUGUGAAGACCUCAUCACUCUACAGAUCACAUCCUCCACGGUGUGUGACCUCAGUCUGAUUGACUUACCUGGGAUCACCAGGGUAGCUGUGAAAGGACAACCAGAUGACAUUGGAGCCCAAGUAAGUCUAACGUUAGAGUGUAUAGCUUUUGGACUUUUGUCCAGUACAUUGCUUGGUUAUCUCAUAGCUAUUGGUUCUCAUCUCAUGAUACACUAAUGAUGAAUUGUUUUAGCCGGGUGUACGGACUUUUUACCAUAAUUGCUAGAAAGGUAGCUAUGAUGGUUAAAGCUGGUGAAAGGUACUUUGAAUGUUUUGGGUUUGAAGAAGGUUAAGCUUCAGAACCAUGAAAAACAGAGUGCCCCACACAGGGCUAUAUCACGGUAACAAGCGGUCGGCUACCCUCUUGUGGAUUAAUCAAAUAACUCAGUCAAAGGCUUGCAUCCUGACUGACUGUCACAUUCUUCUUCCUUUUUUGCUAGAUCAACAAUCUCAUUACAAAAUACAUCAAGAAUAAGAGAACCAUUAUUUUGGUGGUGGUACCAUGUAAUGUUGACAUAGCAACAACAGAGGCCCUGAAAAUGGCAAAAGAAGUGGAUACUGAAGGCACAAGAACUCUGGGUAAAGAAAUGAUAUAGAUACAUGUAUUUUUUAUAGGGUUUAUGUAUUAGCAGUUAUCAUCAUGCUUUUCAUUUGCCUUCAAGCCAUUCUGACAAAGCCAGACCUGAUAGACCCGGGAGCAGAGAAGAAUGUGUUGGAAAUUGUCCACAAUGAAAUCAUCGUUCUCAAUAUGGGCUAUGUCAUUGUGAAAUGUCGUGGUCAGAAGCAAAUUGAUGAAAACAUGUCCAUAGCUCGUGCGAUUGAGGAUGAGUUGGAAUUCUUCCAAAAUCAUGAAGACUUCAGGUAAAAUGUGUUCUUGCCAUGUGUUAAGUGAACUAGCAUCUUUGUUUUUUGAUGGCUUCACAUCUGAAAAUGUUCAGGGCCACAAACUGUAUGUUUCAGGAUUUUAUGAAAAGUAUAUUUUUCCACAUAUCCACUGAGAGUAGUUCCAUAUAGUAUUGAUGAAUAGUAUUUUCUUCUGAGUCCCAGGCCUUUUUAUUGCUCACUCACCUCCCUUCUCUUACAUUUCUACAUAUAGUACUUUUUAACAUUCGAAAUCAAAUAGCUAAAUGAUCCUUGGUGUGAUCAUCUUUAAACAAUUCCACAUGUUAACUUAGCUCAUGCACAUAUCUCUAGCUUAAACAGACAGAUUUUGAUGGGGAUUAUUUUAUUAUGUUAAUUAGAUUUACAUGGGGGCGUGACCAUUGUAGGCCAAGGGGUUAACUGACAUUUGUAUUUGACAUUUUUUAUACCAUUUUCGGGAUGAAAUACUGUUUUUGUUAAAUUUCUCUUCCUUUUAAUGUAUAGAUCCCUCUUGCGUCAGGAGAAGGCAACCACCAAGUGCCUAGCCACUAAGCUCAGUAAUGCCCUGGUCAAACAGAUCAAGGUUAGUCCAACCACAAACCCUAUGAUUAUCUGUUUCCAGUGCACACUGGAAAACAUGUGGUCUGGUACCUAUUAACUUGUUGUAUGUUUGCUCCUGGUCAGAAAUACCUGCCCCAGAUGUCAGAGAAGAUAAAGGAGCAGCUGGCGGACAUAAAGAUUGCAUUGAGUAUAAUAGAGUGUGGGCCUCCCCUGGAACCUGAAGAGAAGAGAAAGUACCUCAUUCAGGUGAGUCAAUCUUUCACCUUUCCAUCUUUCAGCUUCGUAAACGGCUUCUUUUCUACAAAAUUGCCACACAAAUGUAUGAUGUAAGGUUUGGAAACCACCACUGUUGCACAGUGGUCCAGCUGUGUUAUUGUCAUGGUUUGGUAAAUUGUCAGGAGAAUGUCCUUGGGAGACAAAGUCUGUUUCUAUCACUCCUAUAGACAGUAAAGGCAUCAACUCUGUUGCACAUCCUCUGCCAAUUGGAUUGGUCAGAUUUGCAACACAGCUGUAAGAGUAGAACCACUGUCCAGAAAGACAAAUAAAACAGCAUCAAAACUUUCUCCACACUCCCACUCGCCUUCCUCUCUCCUUCCUUAAUUUCCCACGGAUUAUGUUUGUCACCAGGUUAAACAAUACUUUGCCUCGACAGCAGAUCUUGUAAAAACACUUGGACACACCAGUGUAAGAUAGUUCUUGCUUAAUAUCUGUAGAUGACGUAAGGAUGGAUGGGUCUUGUGGAGCCAUCUCAUAAAACAGUAAUCUAAAAGGACUAAAUAUGAAACAUUUAAACAGGUAGGUUUUAUUGUUUUAUGUUUUUAUAGUGUUAUGUUUCCUUCUUCAGGUCAUAACAGAGUUCAAUGAGCAGAUUACCCAACUGUCCACAGGGGAUAUUAUCGUUGAGGAAAAUCUAUUUGAGCUCAUGCGAAAGGCAUUUAUAGACUGGAUGGAAUGUCUGAAAUAUGCCAAAUCAAAUUGUAGGUACAAUUAUGAAUAGACAGGAUAUUGCUCACCAAAUAAAUAUUUAUGUUUCUAAAUAUCCCUAAUAUUUACUGAUAUAAUUAUGAUACUACUAAUAGUUAUGUCAUACAAUAGCGAUUAUAAUCCAUUAUAUCUCCAAUAAAUGAUUAACAUUGUUUUCCUCAAUUUAGACAAUGAUGAAGUGCAACAAGUGGUCAAUGAAUAUGACAAGGAACACAGGGGAAGUGAGCUGCUUGGUUUCAGUAACUACAGGGUAUUUCAACAUGUUGUUCAGAAACUAGUGGCUAAACUUAAGGAUCCAGCUAUGGCGACACUAGAGAAAAUCAGAGGUAAGUGA